UUUGAUACUUUAUCCACAGCAGGCGCUCCGCAAUCCAAUCCGCUCAUCAAUCGGACACUGUUGAACCCGCCUUCGUACAUACGUCUUCGCGCAGGUGCAGUACAAGUAUGUACAUCACGCGCGACAGUUGGUUUCCAAAACAUCAGUGCAACAAGCUAGCAGCCCAAGUUGAUAGCGGCCAGCGACACUUGCUAAUAAUUGUGGUUUUACCAGAGAAUUUGGUUUUACCGAGCUCUGCUUUGGAUAGCAGUUAGGUACAGUAUCUACGGUAAAACAACAGUGACGUAAGCCUGAAUCAAAAAUAGCCAACGUUAUCUCAAGCUUGGUAGCUUAAACUAUCAUAAAAGCUAUAACUAACCAAGACAAGGCAACGCAAACCAGGUACUGUUAAAUAGAGGCAACCAGACUUAAUCUUGGUGAAGUGAGCUAAAACUUAUGUUGACUUACACGUUUUGAGAUGGGCUAUGGAGAUUUCUUUGUCGAUCACAUAAUUAGCCAGUUGGGUUAACUUAUUAACGUUGGAUAGUUCGCUGUGGGCUAGCUAUAAGCAAAGGUUAGUCACAAAUGGCUGUGCAAAAUGCACUCUUCUAAAAUUGCACUUCAGUCACGUCCCCGAAAUGUUACUGUUAACGUUACCUGUUCCAGUCGGAUCAACCAGCCACGCAAUGCUUAUCGCGUAGAAUUAACUAUAGGGUUGGAUACUCUUGGAAUAGGGGUGGAAGACUGAAAGAACUGCGAAUACGACACCUGACAAGGAAAUACUUCUUGAUAUGGAUGCGAAAAACUUUUGGAAGAGUAUCUCCAUCUAAAGCUAGAUCUCAUUGUCGGAGAGUAGUCCUGGGCAGGACCCUGGACCAAUGGAGGGAUGUUUGGUGGUACAGCAGAAAAGAGUGGAGCCUUGCAAUACGAGCAGACUGUCAUUACAGAUAUGAUCUGUUCCACAAAACAUUCAGUGUGUGGAGAGCGUGGACUUUGGUGCAGAGAGAGAAGAAAAUGAAAUGUCAAAUAGCUACACACUUCGCUCACAAACAUAGGCUGCGUCUUGUGUGGAACUGCUGGGGGUGUACAUAGAGAAGCAACGCAUGAAGCAGCGGAUGCAGGAGACCGCUUUGCAGCACAGCAAUGUCUUUUGUGUCAGGCGGGUGUGGGCAGCAUGGAGAUCUGCUCUUCAGCACCGAUAUUCUGAGCAGCAGCAGGAGGAAGAGGCCCUUCAACACUGGGCUUACUCUUUACAGAGCAGAGCUUGGCUGCAGUGGAGAGAGAAGUGCUUCCUGGCCCAGCGGUGGAAAGAGCAGGAGGCUAGAGCUCGGCUGCACGCCUGCAGGAGUCUGUGCAGGAAAGUCAUACACUGCUGGGUCAUCUACACCCAACACUGCCGAGCCACAAGGCAGCCCAAGGCUGCAGCUGAUGGUGUAUGGCGCCAUACUCUGACCGGGAGGUACUGGCGUAGGUGGCUCAAAGAGUGGCAGAGCGAGCGGAGGGAGAGGGAGCUGCAGCUGGUGGUCAAACAGCGGGCACAGCUUGGCAUCCAGCGCUGGGCUCUUGGGCAGUGGAGACAUUAUAUCAGAAUGCGAGCACAAGAAGUUGAGAAGCAGAAGUUUGCUACUCAGCACUACCAGUGCCAUCUGCUGAGAGGUGCAAUGAGAGGCCUGUCCCUGAAUGUUUCCCAGUGUAAAAACUACCACCUCAACAAUCACUUGGCCCUCCAACACCACUAUCAGACAGUUAUACGAAGGUCUUGGAGAAUGUGGCAGCAACGUGUCGAGCAGAUGGAGAACAGCCAGCUCCAACCUCAGAUCAACGUAGCACUGCAUCACCACAGCAUCACCGUUCUACAGCAACACCUGGAUCUCUGGAGAGAGCGCCACAAGGAGUGCAUAUACAGAAAGGAUCUGGAUCGGCAAGCAGAUGCAUGGUUUGCCAAGCGUAUCCUGCCUCACUGCUUGAGUGCCUGGGUAGAGUUCACCGCACACAGGAGGACGUACACGGAGAGAAGGAAGGAAGCCCAGCUAUUUGACCAGCGGCGUAUUUGCUCAUGGGCGUUCUACGUAUGGUGGGCUCGUUCAGAGGAGCAGAAGGAGUACAGACUGGCAGAGAGAAUGGCUGUGCUGCACGAAGAGCACGUGUGUGUUAGGCGCGGGUGGCAGCGGUGGCGGGGAGCUGCUCGCGUGCAUGCGCAGGAGCGCGUGAGCUGCUCAGCUGCUGAUGAGAUGCGCAGUCACACACUGCUGCAACGCACUCUCAGCCUGUGGAGGGCCAGGAUGCAGCACCUCCAGACCAGCCAACAGCAAGAAGAGCUUGCUAGCCAUCAUGGUGACCUUCAUCUUGCCCGGCAAGCCUGGAACUGUUGGCGCAUGUUUGUCAAGCAGAGAAGGGAGAAAAACAAGAGACUGGAGCAGAUUGAGCAGCAUCACAACUGGAGGCUCCUCACUAAGUCACUACAGGCCUGGAAGGAUCACCACCUGCAGACCCAGCAGGUGUACACUAGUGCUGAGGAGUCCUGUAGGAUCCAGCAGCAGCAACAGCUAAGGAGACUUUUUCUCCUAUGGAGGAGGAACUCCGUCCUGCAAGCUGAGGAGAGAAACGUGGAGGAGAGAGCGGUGCUUCAUCAACGUCGCCACCUCAUGGCAAAGGUGUGGUUGGCAUGGCGACGUGACACUGCUGAGAGGAAGGCACGCCACAGGCAUUAUGGGAUGGCGCUGAAAGAGGCCCAAACUGCACUGAACAGAGGGCGCUUGCAAGCAGCCCUACUCCGAUGGAGAGAGCAAAGCAGGGAGGCGAGGAAAGACAGGGUGAACAUGGAGAAGGCCAGCCACCUCCAUAGCCAAACGCUGCUCCGUAAAUCCCUCUGCUCAUGGAACACACUGCACCAACAGCAGAAGCUACAUCAGGUGAUGAAAGAGAAGGGCGUCUGGCUGCUGAGGCGGAGGACAUGCCGUGUUUUCUUCACCUGCUGGAAAACUGAGCUGGAGAACAGCCGGAAAGAGGCAGAAUCGACAGAGAAGGCUCUCUGGCACUGGUCUCUCAACUUGCAGGCCAAGGUACUGGACGCCUGGAGGGACUGGGUGAUUGAUAGGCAGAGGAAGCAGCGGCGUCUGGCUGCAGCCUCUCAAGUCUACCGAGGGUAUUUGCUGAAGGAAGGCAUUACUCAUAUUCUCACCUAUGCAGAGCACAUGGACCGCUUCUCAGCCAGCCUCGCACAGCGCAGUCAAGAGCAGAGUUGCCGGCAUGUGCAGGCUGUGGUGAGGAGGUGUGCCCUUCGCUGGAAGCACCGGGCGCUCUCCGGCCCAGAGCGGAAGGAGGUCGAUAAGACGACGAAGCCUAAGAAGUGUGUGAGCUUCAGCCUGCCGGAGGAGGCCUCUGAAGACACCGCCAGGGACUCCUCCCAAAGCACUCUCCAGAAUGUAACCAGUUUGGGUGUCCAGAGCGCGGCUGACAUGCUAGAGCACCAGCCUAUGAAAAUGACCCAUGUUGAGAAGGGGCAGGGAGAUUUGAUCACCAAACAGCUUUUGUUUUUAAGAGCCUCCAGGAUUCCACCACGGAGACUCGAUCAACAUGGCAAAUGCAGUGAGCCUCAGGACAGCAAUCAGAAGCCCCUCCCUUAUGCUGAGUCAGCAUUACUUCGCCAGGCUGAUGGGGACCAGGAGCGUGCGCCCUCAGUGCUAGUCCCCCGAACCCAUGUGCCAACCGUGCCAACCACGUGCAGUGCUGCUCCUGUUGUUCCAGGCCCUGUGCCCAUGACUCCUGACUCUGCCUCAGCCAUGCCCAGCUCUGCACUCUUCACGCACUGCUCUCUGCCAGUCCCUGUGAGGUUCUCCUCACUUUCCUACCCUCCUCUGCCUGCAACCCCAGUGGCCAGCACCGCCCAAGAACCAGUAGUUCACCCAAAACCAGAUGCCAACAGUGACGUGCUGCUACCCCCGUCUAUGUUUAUGGCUCCCCAUACACAGGCCAUGGAGAAGGACUCCAGGCUGAGACUGAGGGAGCCUCACAUGCACUUAAACAGACACCCAUCUCCUCAGUCAGGUGUGUGUCUAGACCAGUCGGAGCAGGAGGAUGAGGAUGAACAACAGCGGCAAAGAGAGGAGAAAGCUCUUCAGACCGCGGCCCUGACGCGAGACCUGAUCAGCAUCCAGCUGGACAUGCAGCGCUACCAGCGCGACAGGAAGCAGCUGCAGGCUUGGCGAAAGCUGGAGCAGGUGCUCAGGAGCUGGUUGGAGACCACAGGAAGUGAUGUGGAGGCUUCAGAGACUUCCAGUGUCCAGCAAGAGCUAAAAGAGCUGGAGGUGAACAUAGAGCAUCUCUCUGACCUUCUGGCCAAUCAGAAACCAGCCAUGGUGCGCCAUGCGGCCCGCAUCCAGAACAUCGAGGGCCUCCUCAAGCGUCAAAGCCAUCCUGACAUUUGACAUCAGAGACAUGACCUUUGAAUCACUACCCCAAAGCACGCUGACCUGUGACACCUGCUAUAACAGAUGUGGUUUGACCAUUGGACAAGCUGUUGAAUGCACAUAAAGCACACAAAAGUUGUACAAGAAAUGGCCGUGGUGUUGACAAUCAAGAGCAGGAUGAUGUUUUGGAGUUGUUAACUUUGGGGAGAAAUGUUUUUGGUAGUGUAGAUACUUGGCUAUGAAAGCAUUGUGUGAACAUUAUCAUGGAAGUGCCUUCAUUUUAUGUAUUUGUUUUGAUGCUUCUGCUUGUUUUCUACAUAAGCCUUUGUGCCAAUGAAAUGUCCCUUUCAUACAGAAAUAAAAUGCACAAGCAAUA